CCCCUACCCACCCCUUAUUUAUCUCACCUCCACACCCUCAUUGAACAAAUUCUCGAAUUAAUCGAAUCGGGUGAAUACACAAAAGCACUCUCUUCCCCUGGCGCCAAAUCCAUUUUCUCCUCACAAUCUUUAAUUCAUAAUCAGCUCAAUGAUUCUUCCCAAAAAGCUGAGUUGUUUUUCUCAGAAUUUGUGCCCCAAUGUGUGACUUUGUUUCUAAAUGCAGAAGAUGGGGGUGAAAAAAAUUCUGUUUUUAAUAGCUUUCUGAACAAGUUGUAUAAAGCAGUUCUUGUCAUGGCAGUUUCUGUUGCAGCUCUGCUUGCUUUUAGUCAGUCUAACAUUACUGGGCCAAUGAUGAAGUUGCCACCAAUGCCGUUAGGUGCAAUAACUUUUGGAGAAGAAGAGUUGACCAGUGGUUCUGGUGGUUGGUUAGAAUGGGAAGCGUGGGCACAAAAGGAGUUAAUGUCAGCUGGUUCUGACUUGCGCGCCAAAUUUUUGAAUCUGCAGUAUAUAACCUUUGCCAAGAUACUGCUUAUGAGGACGAAAGAUAUUUUGUCAGAAAGAAACGACUUGGGGAUGGAUGGAGCCAGAAGCAUCUCAUGGUGGUUAGCUAGGCUGUUAAUCAUUCAACAGAAGUUGUUGGACGAUCGCUCAUCUUCUUUGUUUGACUUAUUGCAAGUAUUAACGCGUGAAAGUUUGCAACAUAUUGGUUCUCUGGAGAAAGUAAAAGAUUAUUGGGCUUCUCUGAUAUCAGAAGAGGAUGUUUCGACUAUUGUAUCUAUGCUUCAUUUGGAGGCAGGAAUAAUGGAACUUUACUAUGGACGAGUUGAUGCUUCAAGGGUCCAUAUUGAAUCAGCUGCAGCAACAUCCAGACUUAAUUUUUCGCUAAGUGGGGCUCUGGGCUUCCGUACGGUACAUCAGGUGGAACCAAAAGCACAACUCCUCCUUGUGGGUAGCGCGGAUGCCGAUGAUGGUAGUGCUUCUCUUGGGAAUGAGUUCCAAAAUAAGGUUUCUACCAGUGUUGAAAAUGCUGUUCCUCAACAUCCCAGUGAAACUCAUGAAACAUCAGACAUAUUGAUGGCCCCCAGAUUCUUGGGAGAUGAUAAAAGUUCAGAAUACAGUGCACAAGGUGCUCAAAAUCACAGUAUAGCGUCUAUGCAGUUAAAGCCUACUCAGCAAGCAGUAAUUUUAGCACAAUGUCUUUCUAUUGAGAAGAGAGCUCGGGGUGAUGAAUUGCAAAGGUGGGAGAUGGCUCCUUAUAUUGAGGCAAUUGAUUCCCAGAAGUCAUCACUUUUUACGCUACACCAUUUGUGCAAUAUAUUACGUAUUCGAUGGGAAUCAACUCGUAGUCGUACGAAGCAGCGUGCAUUACUGAUGAUGGAUAAACUGGUUCAGGGAAUAUGUGAUCCUUCCCCUGGAGCUACACAAAGGAUGCAUUGUUGUUUUGGAGUUAAUAUCCCUACCAUUCCUGCAUUGCGCAAGGAGUAUGGAGAUCUACUAGUGAGCUGUGGUUUGAUAGGAGAAGCUGUUAAAGUGUAUGAGGAGCUUGAGCUUUGGGAUAACUUAAUAUACUGUUAUAGGCUAAUGGAGAAGAAAGCGGCAGCUGUUGAACUGAUCAAGGCUCAGUUAUCCGAAAGACCAUGUGACCCUAGGUUAUGGUGUUCCCUUGGAGAUGUUACAAAUGAUGACAAAUGCUAUGAGAAAGCCCAGGAAGUGUCAGGGAAUAAGUCUGCUCGAGCACAGCGCUCUCUUGCCCGUAGUGCUUACAACAGGGGGGAGUACGAGAAGUCAAAAGAUCUAUGGGAAUCUGCAAUGGCAAUGAAUUCUAUGUAUCCAGAUGGAUGGUUUGCACUUGGUGCUGCUGCUUUAAAGGCUAGAGAUGUUGAGAAGGCACUGGAUGGGUUUACACGUGCUGUUCAGCUUGAUCCUGAAAAUGGAGAGGCUUGGAAUAAUAUUGCUUGCCUGCAUAUGGUUAAGAAGAAAAACAAGGAAGCUUUCAUUGCAUUUAAGGAA